UGUCCUGAUUCUUUACUCCUCUUAUAAUGAAAUCAGAGUCCAGACUCCGCUCUUUAGGAAAAUCUCCACAGACUCCUGCUGCUUCUGGCUCAGAGGCAGGAUGGUGUUAGCUCCAGCGGGCUGUGCAGUGCAUAGAAUCUCCAGGGGGAUGAAGUCGCAGUUUUCAAAGAUGUACCACUGCUCAGACUGUGGGAAGAGUUUUACUAAAAGUCAUCAUCUUAAAGAUCACGAGCGGAUCCACACAGGAGAGAAGCCAUAUUACUGCUUCCAGUGUGGGAAGAGUUUUACUGUUCAGAGUAAUCUCCAACGACAUGAGCGCAUCCACACGGGACAGAAGCCGUAUCGCUGUGGACAGUGUGGGAACAGUUUUACCCAACUAUGUACACUCCAACGACAUGAGCGCAUUCACACAGGAGAGAAGCCGUAUUACUGUGGACAUUGUGGGAAGAGAUUUACUCGUCAAAGUCAUCUCCAAAUACACGAGCGCAUCCACACAGGACAGAAGCCGUAUUACUGUGGACAGUGUGGGAAGGGUUUUACUUGCCAUCGUUAUCUCCAACUGCACGAGCGCAUUCACACAGGAGAGAAGCCGUAUCACUGUGGACAGUGUGAGAAGAGUUUUACGUGCCAGAGUAAUCUCCAACAGCAUGAGCGCAUUCACACAGGGCAGAAGCCGUAUUUCUGUGGACAGUGUGGGAAGAGUUUUACGUGCCAUCGUACUCUCCAACAACAUGAGCACAUUCAUACAGGACAGAAGCCAUUUUACUGUGGACAGUGUGAGAAGAGUUUUACUUGUCAGCGUAAUCUCCAACGACAUGAGCGCAUUCAUACAGGAGAGAAGCCGUAUUACUGUGGACAGUGUGGGAGGAGUUUUACUUGCCAGAGUAAUCUCCAACAGCAUGAGCACAUUCACACAAGACAAAAGCCAUUUUACUGUGGACAGUGUGAGAAGAGUUUUACUUGCCAACGUAAUCUCCAACGACAUGAGCGCAUUCACACAGGAGAGAAGCUGUGUCACUGCUUGCAGUGUGGGAAAAGUUUUCGUGACCAGAUGGUCCUCCACAGCCUCCAGGACAGUCAUACAGGACAGAAGCUGUACCUCUGCGGACAAUGUGGGCGGAGCUAUACUCAUUCAAGUUCGUUAAGGACACACGAGUGCUCUAACAUAAAGCCAUCAGAUUUAGCCAUGUGAAUUUGUCACAUUUAAGAUACAUGUUUUAAAAGGGCGGUAAAGAGACAUUCAGGCAUAAAACUAUAUUAUAUUAUUUGUCAUGGACUGUAGUAGGGAUGAAACUGUUAUUUGUUUCAUGAUAAACCAUGAUAAAAUUCCCCGACAGUUAGUAUUACCAUGUCACAUUUAAUUAUUAUUAAAACCGUGCGCGAUUAUCGUGAUUUGUAAAACUCGCAAUAAAUGCUGUCCACAUGCACCCAGCAUGCAACAUUAGGUUUAUUCGACCUCAGCUGGAUGUAACCGAUUGGCAAGAGUUCCCGCUUGCAGUCGGGGAGGAGUUGAAAACGGAGACGUCAACUCAGACACUUUCUGCUUCCCGUAUUUUAAAAAAAAAAAAAAAAAAAAAAAACGCUUCCUGUAGUGAUGCUCGCGUGGUGUUUGCGUUCUUGGAUUAACAGAACACUUCUGAGUGGUGCUGCACUGCUGGCAAUACGGACUCUUGCGUUUCUGACUCACCUGUUACAAAUAUACUGACUGUAGAUACUAUAUUGAUCUGAAAGGCACAUAUACAUGUGUCUCUAGCUGUCGUAUUCAAGUAUUUUAAGUAUUUAAAUAUUUUAUUAUUUUAUUGUGAUUAUUGACACACUGAGGACGUCCACACGAAUGGCGGCUCAAAAGCAGAUACUCUUUUGGAUAUUGAUCCUAGUGCUUGUGACUGCGGCUUGCCAAACACAUUCAAUUACGUCCAGGAACAGCGGGCUGCCGAUAACCUGCACAAGUGAUGCUCUCUUGCAGCUUUGGUCUGCUGUACCAACUAUGUCUGUGGACUUGUCAGACUUGCCGAAUGCAGAGAGUAAAUUGUCAGAUAAAAGAUGCCUAAGAAGGAGAGGACGAAGGCAAAGUAUCCGUCAGUGUUUCCGGCGUCGUGGAAAUAGACCUCUUUUACCUGGAAUAAUUUUAAGCAACAUGACAUCUCUGCAAAAUAAAAUUGAGGCCCUUUGCAUUAAAGCCAGGGUCUGCUUUGAAUACAGAGAAUCAGGCCUUAUGGUACUCAUGGAAACAUGGCUUCAUCCAGACAUGGCACGCAAUAUGAGGUGGGUGGCUUCUGUCUUGUCCGCUCCGAUCGUUCUGCACAUCGGGCAAGAAAUGAGGUAGAGGAGUGUGCUUGUUUGUGAAUGAAGGCUGGUGUUCCCAGUUCACAGUGAGAUCCACAGUGUGUGAUACCGAUGUUGAACUACUUUGCUUAAGUCUAAGACCUUUUUAUUUACCGAAAGAGUGUGGUAAUAUCGUCUGUGGUUUAUGUUCCACCCUCUGGUAAUGCAAUAAGAUCUGCGGAGUAAAUUAAUGACUGUGUUCAACAAUAACUUCAAUGCACACCCAGUGUACCUUUUUUUUAUAUUGGGAGUCUUCAACCACUGCAAACUGGAACUGUAAUUAUCUGGUUUUGAACAAUGUCAAGUGCACCACAAGAAACAAUAGAACUUUAGAUAAAUGCUACAGGAAUGUAAAAAAAAAAAAGGCAUAUAAAUCAAAAUCAAGGCCCCCUCUAGCAAGUUCUGAUCACGAUACCUUAUCCAACAUAUAGGACAGUCUUGAAGAGUUCUAAACCUGUGACUAAAGAUGUGUUAUUGUGGUCAGAAGACAGUAUUGAGUCUCUGAAAGGCUGUUUCUUAUGCACUGAGUGGGAUAUUUUUUAUAGGCUGAUAUUGAUGAAACAACAGAAGUAAUAGCCGACUAUGUAAAUUUCUGUACAGACAAUGUAGCUACUAAAAAACAGGUAACCAUUUACCACUAUAACAAACUUUAUAUUACAAAGGACAUAACAUUGCAUUAACAGGAGAAAAAUUGCUUUUAAAAACCAUGAUCGUGUAGCACUAAAAUCUGUUGAGAAAGAACUGAAUCAGUUGCUUAAAGCGGCAAGGAAAAAAAUAAAAAUAUUUUAGAAGAGAAUUUUAGUCUAAGCCCCAAAGGAUGUGGAGUUAAAAAAAAAAAUACAAAUAAAUCUAAGAAAUAUGUAACCAGUAAAGAAGAGGUUCUUUACAACUGAUGAUUUACAAAAGGUUUUUUUCCUAAGUUUUUACAAACUGUUUUUUUCUAAGAUUUGAUACUCAUAACUUUGAUUAUGAAUGUAAAUCUGAAUUGAACUCUAUGAUUACUUCCGAUCUUGGGGAGAAUAGGUUGAUGAUUGACUCUGACCGCGUUUAGUUGUUAAUUAAACGUAUGUGCUCUAGGAAUUCUGCUGGCCCUGAUAGUAUUUCAGCCUGUGCCGAGGAACUGACCCCUGUUUGGUGCUCUAUAUUCCAACAGUCUAUUGAUUCGAAAACAGUCCCAGCCCUUUGGAAAGUCUCUCAUAAUUCCUGUGCCAAAAAUAGCUCUCCCCUCUGAAAAGAAUGAUUUUGGACCAAUUGCUCUCAUGUCAGUGGUGAUGAAGUGUAUGGUGUUCAUACUAAAAGCAGAUGUUAACAGUAAAUUAGAUCCAUUUCAGUUUUCUUAUCGACAAGGCAGAGGUACAGGUGAUGCCAUUAAUACUUUGAUACACUUGAUCUUAAAUCAUCUUGAGGACCCUGAAGUUUCGACUGCUUCUUAUUGACUUUAGCUCGGCUUUUAAUACUAUCCACCCCUAUAUCUUAAUUAAAAAACUAAAGCAGUUAGGUGUGAAUCCUGCAAUUCUACAUUGGUAUUACUCAUUUUUAACAGACAGAAGCCAGAGUGUUAAAGUAAACAACAGUCUGUCCCAGUUAAGAUUUUGUAGUAUGGGCCUUCCACAAGGCUGCAUUAGCUCACCAGUCCUUUUUACGCUGUAUACAAAUGAGUGCACUAGUAGGUACUCUCAGAAUUAAAAUAUUUCGAUCAUACAGCUUUUUUAAAUUUAUUGAACAAUCUGGACAGCUCUUUUGUUUAUCAUUCUGAGAUUAAGUAAUUUGUUGACUAGUGUGAUGCCAAUUACUUACAUUUAAACACAACUAAGGAGAUAAUAUUUGACCUCAGGGGUAUAGUCCUGUACGAUCAUAGUCCUGUACUUGUACAUAAUAGAGGCUGUGGCUCAGGUGGUAGAGCGGGUUGUCCACUAAUCGUAGGGUUGGCGGUUCGAUUCCCGGCCCACAUGACUCCACAUGCCGAAGUGUCCUUGGGCAAGACACUGAACCCCAAGUUAUCCCCGAUGGCAAGUUAGCAAGUUAGUUAGGUGUACGAGUCUGUGUGAAUGGGUGAAUGAGACGCAGUGUAAAGAGCUUUGGAACCGCUAAGGUUAAAGCGCUAUAUAAGUGCAGACCAUAGGACAUUACACAAGUACAGUCUUACAAGUACCUUGGAAUGUAUAUUGAUAGAUCUCUUAUGUGGGAUAUGCAUAUUAAUUGGGUCUGUGAGUGACUUUACCAAAGACUGUACUUUUUAUGCAGAUUGUGGUUUUAUGGUGUUGAUAAAAGAUUCUUUUUUUAUCAGUCUGUACUAGGGAGUGUAAUCAGGUACGGACUGUCAACCUGGAAUGGAAACCUCGCUGUGAAAUCCAAAACCAAGUUAACAUACAUAAUACAAACUGUUAUGAAACUGAUGGGCCAGAAAGACCAUUACAGUAUCGAGUCUCUCUAUGAACAAUGUACACUAAGAGAAGCUAGAAGAAUCCUGAGCGACCCGUCCCAUGUACUCUAUACUUGUUAUGAACUGUUACCUUCUGGUAGACGUUAUAGAAUCCCUCUGUGUAAAUUGAAUAGGUUAAAAAAAUUGUUUGUACCUGUAUCAAUUAAAUUGCUGAAUAAGGAUAA